AUGCCCACCACUAAUGAUGAAGCCAUAUCCUUGUUUGAACGGGCCACAUAUUUAGAAAGUCAAGGACGCAUGAGCGAUGCAGUUGAUGUGUACAGAAAAGCGUUCAAGUUGAAUAACAACAUUGACAUCAUUUACCGAUCCACAUACUCAAAUAAGCAUCUUUCAAAAGAUAAAGGCAAGAACGCUUUGGUCAAGGUCGACGAGAAAGAAGUAUCGAAAAUCAAUGUGGACAAACUAAUAGACAGUUUCAGUGAAGUACAUUUACAAGACGAGCUGGAGCAUCCAGACGAUGCACCAUCGAUUCUUCUUUAUUUGCCAAAGGACAUAUGGUGCCAUAUAUUUGAGGUCCUAAUUCAUACUAGUCCUGAGUCUUGGUACCUACGAUUCUAUACAGAUGGUACAGUAGCGAAAAUGCUAUCAGUGCUUCCGCCAGAUCGAGUAAUACCUUGGUUCCUGAGGGAGCGGCAAUUCAUACCCGAUGCGGAGGAAAACGAGGCAACUAAAAUCUACCUUGGAAGGUUCACAAUUAGCUCGUCCGACGAGGUGCGUAUAAAUAUAGAAAAUGGCUCGACAAGUUACUUGACAUUCCACUACUACUUUCACAUUAAAUCGUUGGGACAAUUCAAACACGGGAAGUUGAACUGGAAAAAAUAUUUUGCAGUAAGAAAAGCCACGAGUCCUGAUGAUGAUAGAGUUGGAGAGGUUAUGGAAUACUCAAUUAGAAACGAAAAGCCCUUCAAAUUCCUGAGAGUGAAGAGUUAUAGUAUAGAAUAA